GCUAGGCAUGGCCGGAGAGAACCCGUAUGUGAUAUUAACCCUUCUGCUGCUCCUGCAAGCGCUGUCACAUGCCUGGGGCCCUUCCUCAGCCUCCGACCGCAAACCCGGCGGCCCAGCGAAGCACCCUCAGCGUCUGUGCCCACCCACAUGCCCCUGGGACUACACCCCCGUGUGCGGCAGCGACGGCACGACCUACUACAACGAGUGCGCUCUCGAAAGGAUCAAGUGCAGUGACCUGACGCUCUUCAAGGUCAACAACGGUCCCUGUCGAGUGGCAUCCUCCCGGCGCCCAUGCCCGACCGCGUGCCCCUUCGAGUUCUUGCCCGUCUGCGGGACCGACGGCACCAGCUACCACAGCGAGUGCGCGUUGGCGGCCGCGCGCUGCUCCAAGCCGGGGCUGGCCAAGAGGAGCAACGGACCCUGUCCCCUGUCCGACUCCUGGGGACCACGCGCACCAGACAAGCCUUCGUGGUCUGCGCCUUCUGUGCCUUCGUCAGGGACAGGCUAUGACGCCCCGCGCAUGGGACCGUCGCCAAUCAAUGAGGUGCAGAAAAAGCCAUGGAAGAGAUGAAAUUCGUCUGAUAUUCAAGGAGAUGUCAGAUAAAGGGGAGCUGUAAAAUUGAUAGAAAAUGUCUUGUAUGUAGAAAAAGAUUUGUGGAGAUGAUGCGAAAGAUGUAUCUGAUAUUCAUUCUCAUUCAUACCUUUUCUACAUAUUUUCUUCAUCAGUGAAGACCGUUCGUCGGGAAAUAUCUCUGUCACCCUUUGUAAACUUUCAACUUUCUAUGAUAAAUGUCCAUUCAUUUUCAGGUCUUUUCACUUUUCUACAACUAUUCACAAAAAUAAUAAUAUUGCGCAUAUGCAAUAAACUUCAACACAGAAACGUAUGGCCAAUCUGAACAAUAUAAACAUAAACC